AUGUCAGAAAGGAAAUCUCUGCCGAAACAGGUGAGAAUUUAUCAACCAACCUACCAACUCAAUUCCAAGAAACAUUUCCACCAAGAAAAUGUUAAGAAGAUACUUCAAAAAAUUGUGGAUUCAGAGUUAAAAGAAAUUGAAUAUAGUGAAAAAAUUAUUCCUGAUCUGUGUUUGACACUGGCGGAAAAUAUUAGAACAGCAAUAAAAGAAGAAAACUAUGACAGGUACAGAAUAAUAGUUUCAGUUUCAAUUGGUCAAAAGAGGCAGCAAAGCGUCCAUGUUUUUCAUUCUUUCCUUUGGGAUCAUCAGCGGGAUGCUUUUGUUACGCACAACUUUGAAAAUUGUCACAUUUACGCAAAUGUUGUUGUUUAUGGUGUCUAUUUAGAUUAA